ACCAAUUCAUAAUGAAAACCAGUCCCCGUCGGCCAUUGAUUCUCAAAAGACAGCAGCUGCCCCUUCCUGUUCAAAAUGGCCCAAGUGAAACAUCAGAGGAGGAACCUAAGAGAUCCCCUGCCCAACAGGAGCCUAGUCAAGCACAGGCCUCCAAGGAAGUGGCAGAGUCCAGCUCUUGCAAGUUCCCAGCUGGGAUCAAGAUUAUCAACUACCCCACCAUGCCCAACACCCAAGUAGUGGCCAUCCCCAACAAUGCCAAUAUCCACAGCAUCAUCACGGCACUGACUGCCAUGGGAAGAGAGAGUGGCAUUAGUGGGCCCAAGAGAUUCAUCCUUAUCAGCUGUGGGGGAGCCCCAACUCAGCCUCCAAGACUCCAGCCUCAAAUCCAAACCAGCUGUGAUGCCAAAAGGACAGAAGUGACCGUGGAGACCUUGGGACCAAAACCUGCAACUACGGAUAUAAAUCUUCCUAGACCACCUGGAGCUCUUUGUGGGCAGAAACAGGAGAGCCGUGCAGGUGGUGAGGCAGCAGGCUGCACUAUCAACAAUAGCCUCUCCAACAUCCCGUGGCUUCAAAACAUGAAUUCUGAUGGACUGGGCUCCUCCAUCAAGCAAGACAUGGAGGAAAAGGAGAAUUGUCACCUGGAGCAGAGACAGGUUAAGGUUAAGGAGCCUUCGCGACCAUCAAUGUCCUGGCAGAACUCCGUGUCUGAGCGGCCACCUUAUUCUUACAUGGCCAUGAUACAAUUUGCCAUCAACAGCAUUGAGAGGAAGCGCAUGACCUUGAAAGACAUCUAUACUUGGAUUGAGGACCACUUUCCCUAUUUUAAACACAUUGCCAAGCCAGGCUGGAAGAACUCCAUCCGCCACAACCUUUCCCUGCAUGACAUGUUCAUCCGGAAGACGUCCACCAAUGGCAAGGUCUUCUGGACCAUUCAUCCCUGUGCCAACCGCUACUUGAUAUUAGACCAGGUGUUUAAGCCACUGGACCCAGGAUCUCCACAAUUGCCCGAGCACUUGGAAUCACAGCAGAAACGACCCAAUCCAGAGCUCCACCGGAACGUGACAAUCAAAACUGAACUCCCCCUGGGCGCAGGCAGAAGAUUGAAGCCACUACUACCACGGGUCAGCUCGUACCUGGUGUCUAUCCAGUUCCCGGUGAAUCAGUUGCUGGUGUUGCAGCCCUCGGUCAAGGUGCCAUUGCCCCUGGCGGCUUCUCUCAUGAGCUCAGAGCUCGCCCGCCAUAGCAAGCGAAUCCGCGUCGCCCCCAGGGUACUGCUACCUGAGGAGGGGAUAGCUCCUCUUCCUUCUGCAGGGUCAGUGAAAGAGGAGAAACUCCUGUUUGGAGAAGAACUCUCACCUUUGCUUCCAGUUCAGUCUAUCAAGGAGGAAGAAAUCCAGCCUGGGGAGGAAAUGCCACACUUAAUGAGACCCAUCAAAGUGAAGAGCCCUCCCUUGCAAGAGUUGCCGUCCCCAGCCCCAUCUUUCAAAGAGGAAUCUUCUCCAUCCUGGGAGGAUUUGUCCCAAUCUCCCACCCCAAGACCCAAGAAGUCCUACAGUGGGCUCAGGUCCCCAACCCAGUGUGUCUCGGAAAUGCUUGCGAUUAAA